GAUCCCAGGACCCUGAGAACAUGACCUGAGACGAAGGCAGAGGCUUAACCCACUGAGCCACCCAGGCGCCCCUUUUUUAAAAAGAUUUUAUUCAUUUGAUACAGAGUGAGGACAAGCCAGGGGAGCAACAGGAAGAGGGAGAGGGCGAAGCAGAUUCCCUGCUGAGCAGCAAGCCUGACGCAGGGCUCGAUCCCAGGACCCUGGGAUCAUGACCCGAGUGGAAGGCAGACGCCUAACCGACUGAGCCACCCAGACCUCCCCCCCUUUUCUGCAAUAUGCUUUUUAACUCUGAGUCACUGUAUUGCUGCAGGAAGCUCUUGGUAUGUGUCCUUGCCAAGGGGUCUCGUCCAUCAGGUGCACUUGUGACUUCGUACCUAAAUCAUGGGGGGCCUCUUCUUUUACGGUGAUGAAAAAGGCUUUCAGAGUCGAAUGCAGGGCACUGCUGACAUGUGUGGGGAGUGACUCCGUGGGUCCGGUGCCGCCUCGUCUCCCACGGGCUUUGCUUUGUGGUUGAGUGUCGCAUCUAUUCUAGAAGAGUGGGUUGGAGCAGGAGACUCGAGGCCUCUGGAUCAGCACCACUUCCCUGCCCAUGUCCCCGUGGGCAACGCAGCGAGGGCUGCAUGGCCGGCUUCACGCAGGCGGGCUGUGCCCGGGGGAGGACCCUGCACCUGGAGCCCACACAGUGCCCUGCUCGUUCUCUGCAGUUGCCGCUGUUUGGACUUGGCAUAACUGAAAGCCAGUGUAAGCUCUGGACACCGACAGCCGAGGAGGCGCAGACUUCUUCUGACACAGGUGUUUCUGGGCCGGCAUGACUUUGAUCUAGAGCUGUCUGCUGUAGAGUGAGGUUCGGCAUUGGGCUGGGUCCUGGGAGAUGGACGUCAGCGGGGGGAGAGAGGCAGCUCCGGGCUUGGCUCGCCGGCCCGCGCGGGCCCAGAAGGCAUGCGUCUUCCUUCCUUGGUUUGUCUAUUCUUUAAAUGCGAGUUUUCUAAAAUACUUUCUUUUCCACUUUGAGCAGCGUUGGACUUUCAGACGGCUGAUGGCAGGAAACCUCCGUUUCCAUUGUGCAGCGCUGACAUAGUGAGGCCCUGGCUGCCUGGGGCCUUCCUGGCCGAGUGUCCGGGCCUGGCCCGUCUGCCCUGGACGGCGGCGCUAGCAGCCCCCUGCGUUCGUGUCGGGUGAACUAGAAUGUGCGGAAGCAGCCCCAGCAGAGGUGCACCGGCCCGAGGUCUCCACGGCCGAGAAAGUGAAGCCCUGAGCGCGGCAGCUGUCCCCGCCGGCCACUGCAGGGUUCACCGAGAGAGGCGGCCUUGCCCGUGACCAACGGCUGGUGCGCGCGGGGGCUUGAGUGCUCGCAGGGCAGCCGUCACUGGCGCUGGGAGCGGGGGGCUGCCCUGCUCUCUGCAGGCCGGGGUUGACUGAGACCCAAUCGGCCUCGGGAGUUUGUGUGCCCGUGGCCGCCAAAGGGACCGUGGCCGAGACCGGAGAAGGCUGAGCGCGGCCCGUUGGUGCGGGCGCCGGGCUGGACAGAGCUGGGUGAGGCAGGCAUCCAGACCUCGCUGUCAUCUGUCUGCGGUGGGCUCUGUACGUCGUGAUCGGACACGGUACCGGUCAUCGAGGCCACGGCAGGACAGGGGCCUUGGCCCUGACGGAACGUGCAGUGUGCAGAGAAGCCAUGAGGCCCGUGGCACCGAGCACGGUCUGUGAGGCCCCGGGAGACAGAUGUGCGCCAGGCCACAGAAGCUGCUCCCCUCGGUCAGCUCCGUUCCGGGACGUGCGGCUCGGCGCUGCCCGUUGUUCAGACACCAUUUGCCUCUGACUGGAGAUGAUGUGAUGUUUUAUUGUAAAACUCACUCACCAUGAUGGCCACACAGACCUUGAGCAUAGACACCUAUCAGGAUGGGCAGCAGAUGCAAGUAGUAACAGAGUUAAAAACGGAGCAAGACCCCAACUGCUCUGAGCCCGAUGUGGAAGGAGUAAGCCCCCCACCUGUGGGGUCCCAGACGCCAAUGGACGCGGACAAGCAGGCCAUUUAUAGGCACCCGCUGUUUCCGUUAUUAGCUUUGCUGUUUGAAAAAUGCGAACAGUCCACGCAGGGCUCCGAAGGCACGACUUCCGCCAGCUUCGAUGUGGAUAUCGAAAAUUUUGUACGGAAGCAGGAGAAGGAAGGGAAGCCCUUCUUUUGUGAAGAUCCGGAAACUGACAAUUUAAUGGUAAAAGCAAUCCAGGUUUUGCGUAUCCAUCUUCUUGAGCUGGAAAAGGUUAAUGAACUGUGCAAAGACUUCUGCAGUCGAUACAUCGCUUGUCUAAAGACGAAAAUGAACAGUGAGACUCUGCUCAGCGGAGAGCCCGGGAGCCCGUAUUCCCCCGUCCAGUCCCAGCAGAUUCAAAGCGCCAUCUCAGGCACUCUCAGCCCCCAGGGAAUCGUGGUGCCGGCGUCUGCGCUGCAACAGGGGAACGUCACCAUGGCGACGGUGGCAGGUGGCACCGUGUACCAGCCCGUCACAGUCGUCACUCCUCAAGGCCAAGUAGUGACACAAGCGCUGUCGCCUGGCACGAUCAGGAUCCAGAACUCGCAGCUUCAGUUGCAGUUAAACCAAGAUCUGAGCAUCUUGCAUCAAGAUGACGGCUCCUCUAAGAAUAAACGGGGUGUUCUGCCGAAGCAUGCCACCAACGUGAUGCGAUCGUGGCUCUUCCAGCACAUAGGGCACCCCUACCCGACAGAAGAUGAGAAGAAACAGAUUGCUGCUCAGACGAACUUGACACUACUCCAAGUGAACAACUGGUUCAUCAACGCCAGAAGACGGAUUCUUCAGCCCAUGCUGGAUUCUAGCUGUUCAGAAACUCCAAAAACUAAGAAGAAAACUGCUCAGAACAGACCGGUCCAGAGGUUUUGGCCUGACUCCAUUGCCUCCGGAGCCGCGCAGCCGCCCCCCAGCGAGCUGGCCAUGUCUGAAGGAGCCGUCGUGACCAUCACCGCGCCCGUGAGCAUGAGCGUGGACAGCCUCCAGUCCCUGUCCUCGGACGGCGCCACCCUGGCGGUGCAGCAGGUCAUGAUGGCGGAGCAGAGUGAGGACGAGUCCGUGGACAGCACAGGGGACAGUGGGGCCGCGCUGGGCCCCGCCCACAUCAGCGGCCUCGUCCUGGAGAACAGCGACUCCCUGCAGUAGGCCCCCGCGCGGCCCAGAACCGUGGGGGGGCCGGCCUGACUUCUUACAGUUUGCACGGCAAACCUUUUACACAGUUUUAUUCUACUAUGUUUUAUAUGUAGAUAGAGAAGAACGCACUUUUGUAUUUCAUAGGACGCUUCAAGAGCAUCUCUGCUGGUGCAGCGACUUCUUUCGAGCGUGCGCGUGUGUGUGUGUGUGCGCGCGUGUGGGUUUUUAAGGAAAUUCUUUAAAGGUUUAACGCUAAGAAUGUGAUGAGUGGCGAACACCCCUGUGAGCCCUGAAUUAGAUUAAGGAAUAGUGCUGCCAUUUUCUAAAAAACGACGCAGUUUUAACUUAGUUCUGUGGCUGAAGCAGGUUUCAGUGGGCUGAUCUCUCUGUGCGGCCCACGGAUUCGAAAGAAGCUUCUGCGUCUUACAGCUGCCAGUGCCAGGUGGACGCCGCACGGUGGCAAAGUGGGCGUGGCUCCGCGGUGGGCCCUCUGAGCACACGUAGGUUCUCGCACAUUCCGUGAGCCUGUUUCAUUUGCUAUAGAUGAAAAAAAAACUCCUAUUUUUACCUUGCUGGAAUUAUUGGAUAAAAAACUAUUUUUAUAAAUUCGUUAUGAAUUGGAUGACUAUAUUGAGGAUAAAAUUUCUAGAGGACAAACAAUACAUGCUUACUACUUCAAUUUGGAAUGUUGUGAACUGACCAAAUUUCAUGAACCUGCCCAAAGUUAGCUCGCAUUCCAUGGUUCUCUGCUGUCCCAGGCGGGUGGUUCGUAUUUACAACUAUGAAGGAAGCAGCUGUUGAAUGGAAUUUUGGUGCCUGCGAAUUUCAGUUGCGUGAAUGCUCACGUCACAUCUCACUCUCAAUCCGGACAUAGACCCGAGGGAUUGCUAACAGGGCUAGUGAGUCAGGUGACGCGGCGGCCGCGACCGGAGAACAGCCACUACCUGUGUUUCUGUCUGACUGCAGUUAAAUGGUCACUGCCUGAAUCUGACCACAGUUAAAUGGUCACGGCCUGAAUCUGACUGCAGUUAAAUGGUCACUGCCUGAAUCUGACCGCAGUUAAAUGGUCACGGCCUGAAUCUGACCGCAGUUAAAUGGUCACUGCCUGAAUCUGACUGCAGUUAAAUGGUCACUGCCUGAAUCUGACUGCAGUUAAAUGGUCACUGGCCCAGCUAGCUGUGUGUUGCUCUAGGACGUUUUCGUCAGCCGUGUGUUACACGUAGAAUGUUCAUCACAAACUAAUGCAAAACGUCCUCUACCCGCUGCCUCCAAGUGAGGGCCCAUAAGCCACGCUAGCUCUGUUACGUAAUUAACAUCUCCCCGAAGUGACCCGGGGACCCAGACCGGGGCGACAGCGUGACGGCGUACUCUCCCGCCGUCGGGCCCGGUGUCCGUUUUCCCUCCUUGUCUGUUGUUGCUUUGGCAUUUCCAGAGCCCUGCCCCUCGGGCUUGCGCACACGAGAUUUGGAAUAAUUGUAGGACUUGCGCUUCCAGGGGACAAGACAAACCAGAAGAGGAGACUGGGUUUUGUUUCCUUUGUUUUCAUGUAGUUGCAAGUGGGGCUCCUUCUCAGAGCAAAACCAAGCCGCCUUGUCUCGUGAAGUCUUUACAUGGUCUGACACGGGACGCCCGCGGUCCGUGUGGCCGAACGGGAGUUUGUGGCCGGGAAAGUCGCCCGUUCUCGAGGUUCGACGGCGGUAGGUGGCUGCAGACCGCGCUGAUACUGAGGGACAUUCAGAGCGAGGGCAGGUUUUGUUCUGCACUUGACUUCUUCCCCCCAAAUUUAUUGAUUAAAGUUAAUCACGGAAGAGCAUUUCCUAGAUAACUUAGAAGACAGUUAGACAUACUUGGAAAUUUCUCUUAAAAAUAUUUCAGGAGCUUUAGAAGAAAAACACAACUAUUGACUCUUGGCAAGAGAAUCACAUUUGUAAGCAGCGGUUACAUUCCUUAUUUAUAAAUGGUUUGUAAUGUUUUCAGCAAGUCUACCCCAGUUUAAAAGAUGAUUUUAACUUGACCUGAAGUCUGGUAUUGUUGGACUUCUUGAAGCGAGGACCUGUGGAGGCCGGCCGGCUUCCUGCGGCCACAGGUCCCUGGGCCUCCUAGCCGCCCUGCUCCUUGGGUGAGCGCAGACAUGCUCCUGGUGCGGACUCCCGGCUGUCCCGUCUCCCUCCCGCGCAGGGACUCCAGGGGUCACCGGAUCUCUCCCUGCUCAGGGAUCCUGCAAGGGGCAGCCCGGUCCAGGGCUCCUGUGCAGAGUCCCACCCCCCACUGGCCUGAGGCCUCGGGGCCCAGUGAUGCCGCGCGAUCCCUCUGGCUGAGCCUGGGGUUCUCGGGCUCUCCGUUCUCACUGGGCUCCAAGCACUGGGAUGAGCCGUUGAGAGAGCGGCGCGGAGGUUCCAGCAGACUUCCCGGGACGCGCAGGUGCCCAUGCGGGGCUGGGCAUAUGGCAAAGCCGACUGGGGUCAGAGAGCCGCCACCCAGCGCACUGUCUGUCCAUCUGCAUUGUAGAAACCUCCAUCCCCAGCCCUCCGGCAUUCCAGAGCAGCCGUCGAACGUUCCUUUUUGGUGAGCGGAUGUGAUUCUGACCUUCCACUAGAAGGUGCCUUGGAUGCGUUCUGAGGCUCAGAGGAAGCCGGCCGUCCCCUCUGGGCCGCGGCUGAGCAGGGAGCCCACCAGGCUGGGCCGCUGCCCGCCCACUCCACCCGCAGUGCGCCGACUGCCGCCAGCCCAGGGAGGAUGCUGAGUGAGGGGGGCGGCCUGGGGGGGCCUUCCCUGCGGGGCGAGCGGCCUGGGCUUGCCUUCUAGACACAGUCGAGCACACCCGGUCGGAGGGAGAAGGCCGUCUCUGGCCAGUAGUGACAGAAGUGACUCCACGGUCUGCCUUCGUUUUAGUUACGUUUGGUCUAUGAACUGACAAUCUUUAAAAUGUGAAUACUGUAACAAUAUGUUUUCUGGGAUUGUUGUCUUUCAAAGGGAUUUUUGUGAAGCAUUUGAUUUAUCAAAGCAAAAAAAAUUAAAAAUAGAAACACGCUU